AUGGAUCCAAGCAUCCAGAAGGCCUUGAACGACAAGAUAUACGACAAGCGGAAGAGCGGUGCCCUUGAACUCGAAAGUGUGGUACGCGAGGCGCUCGCUGCAGAAGAGCACGACAAGAUCCAGAAGAUCGUCCAUCAGCUAUGCCAUGAGUAUGCAUAUGCUGUCCACCAGCCGCAUGCCCGGAAUGGAGGUCUCAUCGGACUUGCUGCGGCUUCGAUUGCUCUCGGACCGGAAGUUGCGCGGUAUUUGGAAGAGAUCGUUCCCCCGGUUUUAGCCUGCUUCACCGACCAAGAUGCCCGAGUCCGAUACUACGCUUGUGAGAGCAUGUACAACAUUGCCAAGGUCGCAAAGGGCGAAAUACUGGUCUACUUCAACGACGUUUUUGACGCGCUGUGCAAGCUGGCCGCAGACACCGAGUUGUCGGUCAAGAAUGGGGCCGAACUCCUGGACCGUCUUGUGAAAGAUAUCGUGUCAGAAUCAGCUUCAUCCUACGUCUCCAUGCUUCGUGAGACUGUCGAGUCAGACAAUGAAGGUAGGGAAGAUGAUGCGGCCCAUGUCGACUUCCCCACGGCUUUCUCCCUCUCCAAAUUCAUACCCCUCCUGGAGGAAAGAAUCAACGUCUUGAACCCUUUCACACGGACGUUUCUGGUCAACUGGAUAACUCUUCUCGAUUCAAUACCGGAUCUCGAGUUGGUCACUUUCCUACCGUCAUUCUUGCCUGGUUUAUUCAAGUUUCUGAGCGAUCCGAACAAGGAUGUACAUACCACCACACAGGUUUGCCUCGACCGUUUCCUUGCGGAGAUCAAGAAGAUAUCUCGGAUCAAACGAGGAAUCGCAGAGAGCCGCAAGGGUCGUGGAAAUGGCAAACGGUCCCUCAUGAGCAGUAAGAGUGGAGUCUCAAGCAUGGCAAGUGAUCCAAUCAGUCCAGCGGGAGAAGACAUUCAGGAGGACAUCCUGAGUGGUGAUGAGGAAGGAUCAUAUACCGCAAAUGAUGAGAAAUCCGUCAGCACCGAAAGCGAUUGGAUACCUGGUCAGGACAUACACGUCGAUCAUGCUAAAAUCCUCGACAUCUUGGUCACCUUUCUCAGCGAGUCAUCCUCGGAGGAGCUCCAAAUCACCAGUCUUCGAUGGAUCGACACCUUCUUCGACAUUUGUCCGGAGGAUAUUUUACCAUUCGUUCCACGGCUCUUAUCUCAGGUUUUACCUGCCAUGGCUCAUGACGUGGAGCAAGUCCGCCAAGCAGCGAACCGGGUCAACACCUCCUUGACCGAAUAUAUUUUGUCACUACCGGAUGACGCUCCGCGAACGCAGACGCAUUCUGCUCCAAUGGCGCCGUCUAGUAUACCGACCCCUUCAACUGGAUCAUCGAAGGAGGCAGUCGGGGUGGAGCGCAGAGAAUCAGGCCUAUCCAAAUUUUCGAGAAGCACUGGCAAAGAGUCUCAGGAUAAACCAUCAGCGGAGCCUCCCCAACCAUCAGUUCAAUACGAAAACGAAGAUCAGCCACGGCUAUCAUCUGUCGGCCUCGACUACGAGGCCGCUGUCAAUUCGUUGACGCUGCAGUUCUUAAAUGAGCAAGAAGCGACACGUGUCGCGGCGCUCCAGUGGCUGAUCAUGCUGCAUAGAAAGUCGCCCAGAAAGAUUUUAGCCAUCAACGACGGGAUAUUCCCUGCUCUCCUAAAGACACUUUCCGAUCCAUCCGACUCCGUCGUCACUCGGGAUUUGCUUCUCCUAUCCCAGAUAUCCAAGGGAAGCGAUGACUCCUACUUUACCUCCUUCAUGGUCAACCUCCUCAAACUCUUUGCAACCGACCGCAGAUUGCUAGAGACGAGAGGCAAUUUGAUUAUUCGACAGCUAUGUCUGAGCCUCAGUCCCGAGCGGAUAUACCGCACCAUGGCUGAUUGCCUGGAGAAAGAUGAGGAUAUCGAAUUCGCCAGCAUCAUGAUUCAAAACCUUAACAACAAUUUGAUCACAGCCCCUGAAUUGGCAGACCUGAGGAGACGACUGCGCAAUCUAGAUUCUCGCGAGGGACAACACUUCUUUGUCGCGUUGUUUCGAUCAUGGUGUCAUAACUCCGUCGCAACCUUUUCUUUGUGCUUGUUGGGUCAAGCGUACGAACAAGCAUACAAUCUAUUACAGAUUUUUGCCGAACUGGAGAUGACUGUCAAUCUCCUCAUUCAGAUUGACAAACUCGUGCAGCUGCUGGAGUCUCCGGUUUUUACAUACCUCCGUUUGCAACUCCUCGAACCUGAGCGCUACCCCCACCUCUAUAAAUGUCUCUACGGCCUCCUCAUGCUCCUCCCCCAAUCCUCGGCUUUCUACGCUCUCAAAAACCGCCUCAAUAGCGUCAGCGCCAUCGGCUACCUUCACAUAGCCCCCAGAACGUACGUAUCUCACAACCACCACUCCCGUCAAAAGAGCAACACCGACUCAGUGGUCACCCUCAGCGCCCCACCCACGCCUGCCACCUCCAACUUCGACCGCCCCAACCGUCUCAAGACCCGCGACGACCCCGUCCGCUGGAUGGACCUCCUCGAGAAAUUCAAGGCAACCCAGGAGCGCGGCCGCAAGGCGCAGCGGAUGCAGGGGUUGGAAGACGACGGUCUCGCGCAGGGGUCGCAGCCGCUGCACGACCGGGAGCGGAGGCCGCUGGCCGACGCGCAGGCGAAAGGAGCGGCAGUGAGACCCGAUUCGGCGGCGAGUAUCUCCCGGCCGCCGGUGCUGGCGCCGUCGCAGCCGUAUCAGCAGCCGGCGCCGCAUUCGAGGGCGAAGUCGAGUCUAAGUCAUCUUGGGCGGUUUGCGGGAGGUGUUGGAGGACGGAAAUCGAAAAAGACAUGAUGUGUCGGAAUGCGAUAGUGUUCUGCUCAUAUCAGCCUUACGAUGCCACUAGCUCAGCAAUCCCAAGCUUUUCCAGCCAGCUCAUUUCUUCCACAUUAUGAUUGGUUUAUUCACC